UCGCGCGCACACACACAUUUCACCCCCUUCCUCGCCGCCUCCGCUGCCGCCGCCGCCUCCGUCGCCGGCAAUCGCGCAUUCACUCGCUCCGGACAAGCCUCGCAGGAUGUUCCUCCAAGCGCUGCUCCUGGCCCUCGCCGUGGGACAACAGGUCGCGGCUCACGUUGGAGACAUGCCGAAAUUCGCAGAAGCCAUUCCGAACGUGACGGUCACUGUGGGUCGGGAGGCGACCCUCACCUGUGUGGUCGACGAUCUCAGCAGCUACAAGGUUGCGUGGCUGCGAGUUGACACCCAGACCAUCCUGACCAUACACACCCACGUGAUCACGAAAAACCACCGCAUUGGGGUGACCCAGAGUGACCACCGCUCGUGGUACCUGCAGAUAAAAGAGGUCAGGGAGGCGGACAGGGGUUGGUACAUGUGCCAGAUCAACACUGACCCCAUGAAGAGCCACGUCGGAUACUUGGAGGUUGUAGUGCCUCCGGACAUAUUGGACUACCCCACCAGCUCGGACAUGGUGGUGCGAGAAGGUUCGAACGUGACCCUGAAGUGCGCGGCAUCGGGUUCGCCGCAGCCCAUCAUCCAGUGGCGCCGCGAGGACGGCGGGAUGAUUCCCGUGAGCCAAGUUCCCAGCGUAGAAGGGUCCUUGUUCAACAUCACGAGAGUGAAUCGGCUGCACAUGGGCGCUUAUUUGUGCAUCGCUUCAAAUGGAGUGCCGCCGACAGUCAGCAAGAGGAUCAUGCUCAUCGUACACUUUCCACCUAUGAUAUCCAUUCCGAACCAAUUAGUAGGAGCCUACGAAGGUCAAAUGUUGACCCUCGAGUGUCAGUCUGAAGCUUAUCCGAAGUCGAUCAACUACUGGACCAGGGAAAAUGGCGAGAUCAUUGCGCAAGGUAUAAACAGAGAAAAGUACGAGCCAACUUUCGUAGACAACGCGUACAAAGUGCACAUGAAGCUGACCAUCAAAAGCGUCGCGCCGGAGGACUUUGGCUCUUUCAAGUGCGUGUCAAAGAACUCGCUCGGCGACACAGAUGGCAAAAUCAAGAUCUACCCAAUUCCUCACCCCUCUACGACCAACAGGUCUCCUGUAACUACCAUGGAGCCAGUACCAGAAAAAGAACGCAAGCAGAAAGGCUCUCAUAAGAAGGAGCGGAUUCCGGUGCGCGAAACUAACGAAAUCGUGGACGAGUCGCAGCCCAAUUUGACUCGCAAUCGAGAUAACAUGAAGCUGAGGCGGCAGAAGGAGGGUAACUCGAUGCUUCCGACUGACGAGGAGUAUUCAUCUGCGGCCACAAGUGCUAUUCAGUCCGUUGUCCUUAUAUCAAUCUGCAUAGCGUUGGCGCUUGGACACUAAUCUGUGCCAGUGUGAUUAUAGCCCAGCUUUUGUACAACCAAUAAUAAUGAACUGAACAAAUCGUAAUGAUUUGAACAAACUGGAAACGUGAAGUGCAUGAAGGGGGAAAACAAGUUGCAAGAAAACGUAUGCCAAACUUAAUUAUGACGCCCUAUAGAUGCUGGAUUAUAUAACUGUACAUACAUAAUUAAUAGAAAAAAGAAAAAUGUUGAAUGAACCGGUAACUGUUGCAAAUAAAAAUAUGUUUUACUGGCUACGAAAUAAGAUAUGUAAAUAUUAUAGCAUGGAUUAAAAAAUAGGAAAAAAUACUCCACGUUGAAAUAACACCGAGAUGAAGAGGAAUGAAAGAUAACAGUGAGAGAUACAAAAUUUAGUUCGUUAGAAGUAAAAAGUUUCCUUACAGCGAAGCUUGCGAUGAAUUAAAGUGCUUGAAUGGAUUUGAAUCAUAAGCUUUGUUUUUUUUUCAUCAAAGAAAUUAAAACUUAUGGCAACAAAGUGAUUAAAACUGUUCAAAUACAAUUUUCAAAACAAUCUUUGUAAAAAAAAUUCAAUUUCAACUCUAAUUGCUUACGUUGAGCACAACGCUUUUGAAUUUUCAUCAAAGUGCACCACUAAACAGUGCAGAUUUGGCUAAAAAAAUUCUCUGGGAUAUAUCUCCAUUGUGUUUUGUGAUUAGUAACAAAGUAAUGAGCUUGCUAUCCAGCGCAACAUUUGACAAACUGUCUAGCUUUGCGGAGGAGCAACAAAAACAUUGUUAUCUACGCGCCUCGUGGAUGUUGUCCUCCUGUAUAAAAUAAGCAUUCUCUUCAGUGAAAUGACUCCAUCAAUUAAUGUUACUUCUCCGCAUCAAACAGCAUUAACUUGGAUAAAUCGCAGAUUAUGGAAUAAAAACAACUUAUGUAAAAAUGAUAUAAUACCCAUACCUAGCAAAGACUGAUGAUUAAUAUGCAUAAUAAAGAUAAAAUAAAAC